GGAGGCACUGCCACUCAGACCUGCAUGUACUGGACUGCAUUUGUUGUGGAAGAAGCAGAAAGGCUCAGAGCGUGCACGUGUAGAUAUGUGAAGAGGUGGCUUUAUCUAUUACAUUUAGAUUGUUUCUUGCGUUUUAUUGCCAAAAGUGGAGGUUAUAUCCUCUUGUGGACUUUUGCCCUCAGACUAUCAUCAUGGCAACCCACUGCCCAGCGCGCGCCGUGCUCACUCUUGUUGGAUUUUUCACCUUUUUGAUUGCGUUUACACUCAACACUCUGGCGGGAUAUGGCGCUAACUCAGGUGUCUUCAAUCAGGCGACAGAGGAUGUGACAAACAAGUACACAACACCCAUAACUCCUGCUGAGUGGGCUCUGUUUGUCUGGGACUUCAUUUACAUCUGGGUCUUUGCCAUGUUCAUAUACCUUUUAGUGGGACUCUGCAGAAGGAGCGCUUACGACUGGCUGUACACCACCCCAGCAGUGCUACCCUAUGGAUUUCACGUCUCCAUCAUUGUCAACGUCUGUUUGAAUAUCGCAUGGUUGUUUCUGAAUGACAGAGAGUUGCUGCUGCCAGGGCUGAUAACCUCAGCACUUAUGACGAUCACCGAUUACAUGGUCCUAUUUUUCUCCUGUCAUGGACUGAAGAUCUAUGGAGCCUGGCUGCACAAAUAUCAAAACACUGACCUCUGGCUCAUCAGAAUAUUGGUGCAAAAUGGAGUAGCAGUAUAUGCAACAUGGGGGACUCUCUUCACUCUGCUGAACCUGACGAUAUACUUACAGCACCUGGCGGAGGUAUCUAAAUGUGACUGUGCAAAGCUGUCACUGCUGCUGCUGCUGAUGAAGUUGUUAGGCUGGUUUCUGUUGGAGAACUUCCACCUCGACAAGCACGUGCGCUACAUCGUGACCGUCUACCCCGUGGUGAUGCUGUGGAUGUCAGGCAUCCUGAGCAACUCCAGCUCUCAUGGAACUAGUGUUUACAUCUUCUCAGCUUGUAUCAUGGCUAUUACCACGUGUCUGUUUGUGGCACGCAUCGCCCUGGUCACCUGGAGGCAUCGCAAACAACCGCUUUACAACGACACUGGACCCAGUAUGUCGCCUGUAGAAAUAGCACUGACACAAGGAAAACUUUGUUUAUGAACGUGAGCUCGGAGCUUAACUCAUCAUUUUUGUGUCGUUGUUUGUAUGUUUGUUUGUUUUCCGAGUGGAAAUCUCAGUCUGUAGAUGUGUGAAUUGCCACGUGUAACAGAAAUACUUGAAUUCAUGUGUAAAUAGUGCAAAAAUAUGAAAAUUAAAAUCAAAGAAUGUACAGAUGAUUUCACCAUUUAAAGAAAACAUGUAAACCUUGCAUGUAAUUGUAUUGUUUGUAACACUUGAAUGUUAUUUCACUUCAAAAGAAAUAAAUCACACUGAACAAAUGG